ACCACACAAAUGUUGACAGGUCAUUGUUAAUCAAUACUAUUAUCCAUAGUUUAUAGAUUUGGAGUGGCAUACGAUACAAUAAGAAGGAGAUUAAAUGUGGGGUAUAAAAUAAAUUAAAACAGUAUGGGAGUGGUAGAUAGUGAGCAGCAGAAACAAGAAAACACAAGUAAAUACGCCAUAGGCAAUGGGCAACGCCAAUCGGCUAAAACUGAAGGUUGAUGAUCGCCGAGACUGGUAGAAGAAGCAACCAAUCAUAAAGUUCUCAACUAUAAACUGGCAGAUCAAUCAAAAUACCUAACCGUAUUUCCUGCAAAAGUUCUUGGACAAAGAGGGCCAAAUUGUUCAACAAAAUGAGGUCUUCUGCACCAAUAUGUUGCUUCAUCCUCACUUUUAUCAUUCCUGUUUCACUUUCGGUUCCUUUCAUCGUGCUCCAUGGAAUUGGAGACCAGUGUUCUAACAAAGGAGUAAAGCAAUUUACAGAGGAGCUAAGCCAGUUUUCAGAAUCUAAAGGAUACUGCUUAGAAAUUGGAGAUGGGACAUGGGAUUCUUGGUUUAAGACCCUUCAAGAACAGACAGAAAUGGCAUGUAAUAAGGUCAAGCAAAUGAAAGAACUGCAGGAUGGUUACAACAUUGUUGGUCUCUCCCAGGGUAACUUAAUCGGGCGAGGUAUUGUGCAGUUCUGCGAUGGAGGACCACCGGUCAAGAAUUUCAUCUCCCUUGGAGGACCUCACGCUGGUACUGCUUCAGUUCCUCUCUGUGGCACCGGCAUAUUUUGCAUUAUAGCGGACAACUUUAUCAAAUCAGAGAUCUACUCUGACUAUGUCCAAGCCCACUUGGCUCCUAGUGGCUAUCUUAAGCUGCCAAAUAAUAUUGCUGCCUACUUGAGCAAAUGUAGUUUUCUCCCCAAGAUCAACAAUGAAAUCCCAGAUGAGAGAAAUGCCACUUACAAACAACGGUUCACGAGCCUGCAAAAUCUUGUCUUGAUCAUGUUUGAACAUGACACUGUUUUAAUACCCAAGGAGACCUCGUGGUUUGGAUACUAUCCAGAUGGAGCUUUCAGUCCAAUUUUGUCACCACAGCAGACUAAGCUUUAUUCAGAGGAUUGGAUUGGUUUGAAAACGUUAGAAGAGGCUGGAAAGGUGAAGUACAUUGAGGUGGCCGGAAAUCACCUUGGGAUCUCCACAGACGACAUGAAGAAGCACGUCGUCCCUUAUUUGCAGGAUGGGCCAAAGGACAUUCCUCUGACUGAACAAAGAUUUGAUCAAUCACAAGCUGACGGACCACUGGAGGCAGCCUUGGAUGGAUCAUCAUCCUACCAGUGGCCGUCGCAAGUCAAGAGCUUCUUUGAAGAAUUUAUUGAUGUUGGAAGAGAUCAUUAAUCUAUCUAUGAAGCUGUACACUGCACAUGGGAAUGUGUUGAGAGUGCAGCUACAUACUUCUCAAUUCUUAGCAGGAACUUUCUGCUGCCUUGUUUGGUGUACCUUGUAUUCUUUGAAUGCAGAGUGAAAGGAAAAAAAGAAAAAAAGAAAAAAAGAAAAACCCUACUAAAAUACAAUAUUGCACUUGUUUGGAGAUGAGUUUGUUAAUAUAUAGACAAUGAAGCUAGUAUACCACCUGUGUGUGGAAUGCAUGGGGACUAUCAUACAAUAUAUAUGAAAUAUACCUUAUAGUUAUUAA